AUGGCGAGAUUCGCCCAAUUGUUGGCCUCAGCGGCGGCGCUGGUCGCUGGUGCCUCCGCUAUUGGCGAUGAAUCCAUCCUGAUCAACGAAAUUGGCCGUCUGAACAACCAGAGUCUGCUCUGGGGCCCGUACAAGCCAAACCUCUAUUUUGGAGUGAGGCCGAGGCUGCCUCAGGGUCUAUGGACUGGUUUGAUGUGGGGGAGGGCUGAGGGGUACAUGGAUAUCCAGCAAUUAUUCCGAUAUACAUGCGAGCAAGGCCAAGACAUUCAUGGAUAUGGCUGGGACGAGUUUGAUGCACGGACUGGUGGUGUUCAAACUAUACACGAUGAAGGAAACGGCCUCGAUGUCACCAUUUCUUUCAUUAAGGUGCCUGGAGGCAGCCAUGGUGGCAGUUGGGGCGCCCGGAUAAAAGCAACUGUUCGAGAUGAUGCACCCCCUGACAGCAAAUAUCUGGUGCACUACUACGUUGCUCAAGAAGAACUGGGCGAUCUUAUCGCCCAGGGCGAUGAUAACGGCGGAAUCGGAUUUGAGGGCGAUGUCACUUUCAAGGGAAGCUCUCAUUCCCUCGGAGACUACAACGUCGUCAUCACCAAGGGAACUGGCAACCACCCAACUUCUGAUCAUGAAAUAAGCGCUACUCGACGUGGUGACACAACCGUGGUUCGAAGUGUCAGCCUUGCAGCUGGUGAUUUGUGGCAGGCCAAACCAGCAGUGUUCCAAUUCAUGCAAGAUACCAUUAAAGAUAUGCAACAGGACUAUGACGAGGAGAAUUUCCCUCCGCCGUGGCAGAUCUAUCGAAUGAAGUCUCAGGCGGGCGGCGGCAAUGCUCAUGUCGUUCAAAAGGUCUUUGAGGGAGGAUUCGAAUUCGAUAUCAUCUUCUCGUCAGCCUCUGCGGGUAAGGAGAUGACCAGCAAAGACAUCACUCGAGAGAUCAAAGUGGCUUCAGAGUCUUUCGGGGAGCGAUUCUCAAGUGUCUUUGAUUUGAAGGCGCCUUAUACGGCUGAAAAGUACCAGAAGUUUGGCAAGAGCAUGUUCUCCAAUUUGAUUGGAGGCAUUGGAUACUUUCACGGUCACCAGUUGAUCGAUCGGUCUUAUGCGGAUGAGUAUGAAGAAGAGAACGAAGGCUUCUGGGAGGAUACAGCUGAAGCUCGCGCUCGUAAGGCUCAGCAGCUAGAAGGCCCGUAUGAGCUAUUCACAAGUGUUCCAUCGCGACCAUUCUUUCCCCGAGGAUUCUUUUGGGACGAGGGAUUCCACCUCAUCCCGAUUGCUGAUUGGGAUAUCGACUUGACCCUUGAGAUUGUCAAAAGCUGGUAUAACACUAUGGACAGCGAUGGAUGGAUUCCUCGUGAGCAGAUUCUUGGCCCAGAGGCAAGAAGCAAGGUGCCACCGGAAUUCCAAGUCCAAUACCCCCACUACGCCAACCCACCGACUUUGUUCUUGAUCAUUGAGGAUUUCAUGGAACGUUUACGAAGCGCCAACGGCAGCGCACCCGCCGAGAAAGAGAAGCUAUCUCAGGGACACACCCUGUACAAUGCUCACCUGGAUAACCUGGAACUUGGCGGAGAUUUCCUCCAAAAGAUUUAUCCACUUCUCCGACGACAGUACGAUUGGUUCCGCAAGACACAGAGGGGCCAAGUCAAGGCGUAUGAUCGCGAAGCAUUUUCUUCCAAGGAGGCCUACAGAUGGAGGGGCCGGACUGAGACUCAUUGUCUUACUAGCGGCUUGGAUGAUUACCCCCGGCCGCAGCCACCUCAUCCUGGCGAGCUCCAUGUUGACCUCAUGUCUUGGGUUGGAUUCAUGACCAAAUCACUUAUCAACAUUGCAGAUGCGCUAAACAUGGCUGAUGAAAUUGAAGAACUAAAGAAGAAUCUUUUUGCUAUCGAGCGCAACCUUGAUGACCUUCACUGGUCUGAGAAGGAAGGAUGCUACUGCGAUGCAAGCAUUGAUGAGUUUGAGGAGCACGCUCUCGUCUGCCACAAGGGUUACAUCUCGCUGUUCCCGUUCUUGGUCGGCUUGAUGCAGCCGGAUGAUGCCAAGCUGGGCAAGAUCCUUGAUCUGGUUGGUGAUGAGAACCACUUGUUUAGUCCUCAUGGACUGCGUAGUCUGAGCAAGCAAGAUCCUCUGUAUGGAACAGAAGAGAAUUACUGGCGCAGCCCGGUGUGGAUGCCUAUCAACUACAUGGCAUUGACGCAAUUAUAUAAAAUCGGCACCCAAGAGGGACCUUUCCAGCGUCAAGCCAGGGGCUUGUAUAACAAGCUGCGCACGAAUCUGGUUGAUACGGUCUACAAGAGCUGGGAGGAGACGGGCUUCGCGUGGGAGCAGUACAAUCCUGAGACGGGUGCUGGUCAGCGCACGCAGCAUUUCACCGGCUGGACGAGCUUGGUGGUGAAGAUUAUGGCGAUGGAGGCGCUGGACGAGGCUGUGCACAUUAGAGAUGAGCUGUGA